AUGUCAGGCGAGCUGCGUAUAUGCAUUGAUCCGAAACCGCUUAAUACCGCACUCAAGAGAGAGUAUUUUACGUUACCGACACUAGACGACAUGCUGCCGGUGUUAUGCAAUUCUAAAGUGUUCACGAAAGUCGACCUCGCCUCUGCGUUCUGGCACGUAUCACUAGACGAUGAGUCAAGCUACAUGACAACUUUCGGAACACCAUUCGGGCGGUUCCGUUGGCUUCGUUUACCGUUUGGACUGAAAGUGUCUAGCGAAACCUUUCAGAAGCGACUAAUGCAAGUGUUGGACGAUCUACAGGGAGUAUUCUGCGUAGCGGACGAUGUGUUGGUUUUUGGCGCUACUCGUGAAGAGCACGAUCAGAACCUUCGUAGCUUUUUACAACGUUGUGUUGAAAGAAACAUCAAACUGAAACGCGAAAAGAUCGAACUACGCAGUACAAAGGUUAUAUUUCAUGGGUAUGUGUUAAGCGCGGAAGGGCUAAAGCCAGACCCUGAGAAAGUAAGAGCUAUAAGAGAUAUGCCGUCCCCCACAGAUGUGAAAGCGGUUGGCAGGCUAAAUGGGAUGAUCAAUUAUCUGAGCCGGUUCCUGCCCAAGUUAGCUGAUGUUAUGACACCGAUCAGGAAGUUGACUCAUAAGGGCGAAAGCUGGCAUUGGGGUGCAGAACAAGAAGAGACCUUCCAGGCAAUCAAGGAACUCAUCACUAACGCACCUGUUCUCGCCUACUAUAAUCCGCAACUCUCCCUCGAGAUUCAGUGCGACAGCAGUCAAUUUGGUAUCGGGGCCGUACUCAUGCAGAAUGGGAAACCCAUCGAUUUUCGCAGUAGGACGUUGACAGAGACCGAGCGUCGUUACGCCCAGAUAGAAAAAGAGAUGCUUGCAGUGGUUUACGCCGUCGAGCGUUUUAAUGACUAUACAUUUGGCCGGAAGACUACAGUGUUUACAGAUCACAAACCGUUGGUUUCCAUCGCCAACAAGCCGCUACAUGUUGUUCCGCGCCGCUUACAGAGAAUGCUUAUUCGCCUUCAAAAAUACGACCUAGAGAUUGUGUAUCGACCUGGUCCCGAAAUGCAUAUCGCAGACACGUUAUCCAGGGCAUAUCUGUCAGACACACCAAAGGAAGACGAAGAUUCAGAUUUCGUUCAUGCAGCACAACUAGUAGCUGUUACCGAGGAGCGACUGAAACAGCUCCAGCAGUGCACGGAGGAAGACGGGUUAUGCAAGCUACUGGGGCAGACAAUACUAAGUGGCUGGCCCAAGAACAAGAAAGAUCUACCAGGAGAGCUGACCCCGUUUUUCCAUUUUCGUGAUGAACUCAUUGUCCAAGAUGGGUUGAUAUUCAAAGGCAAUAGGAUACUAAUCCCCAAAGCGUUGCAGCGCGCGAUGACAGAGCUUGUCCACUAUGCACAUUUGGGAGUCAACAAUUGUGUGGCCAGAGCGCCAGAGCUAAUAUCUUGGCCGGGAAUGACCAACGAAAUACGAGAUUACGUCUCAAAUUGUCGGGCAUGCCGAACACACGACGUACGUCAGUCAAAUGAACGAUGA